GCGGUGCCGUGCGGGGCUGCGGCGGUGCCGUGCGGGGCUGCGUGCCGAGCUCCCCGCGGACGCCCGGGGAGCGCGGCUCUGUGCGGAGCUGAGGGAGGAGCGUGUGCGGGGCUCCGCGCGGGGCGUAUGCGCCGCGUCCUGAGGGGCUGCGCCGGCACCGCCUCGUUCUCCUGGGGUUCCAUACGUGGCAAGGAAUUUGUUGUGAGGUCUGGGUGCAAUGGCGAGCCUUCUGCGUGUUGCUGUGAGUGGAUGCUCGGCUCCUGUUUUUGGCAAUGUGUUCCCACCAAAGGCACGUGCCACGAAAGUGCUGGGCUUGCGAAUGUUUAGAACCCACCAGGUGCUUGGGUCUCAGGCAGCUCCAAAGCCAGGAAUUCCUUAUAAACAACUGACUGUGGGUGUCCCCAAGGAGAUAUUUGAAAAUGAGAAGAGAGUGGCUCUGUCGCCAGCUGGAGUUCAAGCCUUGGUUAAGCAAGGCUUCAGUGUUGUGGUGGAAUCUGGUGCUGGAGAAGCUUCUAAAUUUUCUGAUGACCAUUACAGAGAAGUUGGAGCAAAGAUCCAGGGGACGAAGGAAGCCCUGGCUUCUGAUUUGAUUGUGAAAGUGAGAGCUCCUAUAUAUAACUCAUCUCUAGGUGUACAUGAGGUAGAUCUUUUCAAGACAGCAGCAACCCUGAUUAGUUUUAUCUACCCAGCACAAAAUCCAGACCUCCUGAAAAAACUUGCAGAAAAAAAAGCUACUGUCUUGGCUAUGGAUCAGGUUCCACGGGUCACCAUUGCUCAGGGAUACGAUGCACUUAGCUCCAUGGCCAAUAUUGCUGGUUACAAGGCUGUGGUCCUGGCAGCAAAUCACUUUGGUCGAUUUUUCACGGGUCAAAUCACAGCUGCUGGUAAAGUUCCUCCAGCAAAGGUGCUGAUCAUUGGAGGAGGGGUUGCUGGCCUGGCUUCUGCAGGAGCAGCAAAAUCAAUGGGUGCAGUGGUUCGUGGAUUUGAUACUAGAGCUGCAGCCCUGGAACAGUUCAAGUCUCUUGGUGCUGAGCCUUUGGAAGUAGACUUAAAGGAAUCUGGAGAGGGACAAGGUGGUUAUGCUAAAGAAAUGUCCAAAGAAUUUAUUGAAGCUGAAAUGAAACUCUUUGCCAAACAGUGCCAAGAUGUUGACAUUAUCAUCACUACAGCACUUAUUCCAGGAAAAAAAGCUCCAAUCUUGUUUAAGAAAGAUAUGAUUGAAUCUAUGAAGGAGGGUUCAGUUGUUGUGGAUUUAGCUGCAGAAGCAGGAGGAAAUAUUGAGACUACAAAGCCUGGGGAAAUGUAUGUUCAUAAGGGUGUUACACACAUUGGGUACACCGAUCUGCCUAGCAGAAUGGCUACUCAAGCCAGUACCCUGUAUUCUAAUAAUAUUAUCAAACUUCUAAAAGCUGUUAGUCCUGACAAAGAAAACUUCUACUUUGAUCCAAAAGAUGACUUUGACUAUGGGACUCUGGAUCAUGUUGUUAGAGGAACUGUAGUAAUGAAGGAUGGCAAAGUGAUUUUCCCAGCACCUCCACCAAAUAACAUUCCUCAGGGAGCGCCAGUGAAGCAGAAGACUGUAGCAGAGCUGGAAGCAGAAAAAGCAGCUACUAUUACACCUUUUAGAAAAACCAUGACUACUGCAUCUAUAUACACAGCAGGUUUAGCUGGUAUGUUGGGGCUGGGCAUUGUAGCACCUAAUGCUGCUUUCACACAAAUGGUGACGACAUUUGGCCUCUCUGGAAUAGUGGGGUACCACACAGUGUGGGGUGUGACUCCUGCUCUGCACUCCCCACUGAUGUCUGUGACUAAUGCUAUCUCAGGUCUGACUGCAGUUGGUGGGCUGAUACUGAUGGGAGGUCACUAUCUCCCCCAAAACAUUUCCCAAAGCCUAGCAAUGCUUUCAGCCUUUAUAUCUUCAGUCAAUAUUGCAGGUGGCUUUUUAGUUACACAGAGAAUGCUGGAUAUGUUCAAACGUCCCACAGACCCUCCUGAGUACAACUACUUGUACCUGCUCCCUGGUGGUGUAUUUGUAGGAGGCUAUGCAGCUGCUCUCAGUGGUGGCUAUAACAUUGAACAAGUGAUGUAUCUGGGCUCAGGACUGUGCUGUGUUGGUGCCCUGGCUGGUUUGUCUACCCAAGGAACAGCUCGUCUUGGAAAUGCUUUGGGUAUGAUUGGUGUUGCAGGAGGUUUGGCUGCAACUCUUGGAAGCCUUAAUCCCUCGCCUGAGUUGUUGGCGCAGAUGUCAGGUGCAAUGGCACUUGGUGGGACCAUAGGUCUGACAAUUGCUAAACGCAUCCAGAUUACAGAUCUGCCUCAGCUAGUGGCUGCUUUCCACAGUUUGGUCGGUUUGGCUGCUGUGCUCACCUGUGUAGCAGAGUACAUGGUUGAAUAUCCUCACUUUGCCACUGAUCCUGCUGCAGACCUCACCAAGAUUGUGGCAUAUCUUGGCACAUACAUUGGUGGAGUGACAUUCAGUGGCUCUCUUGUUGCAUAUGGAAAACUGCAAGGUAUCCUGAAUUCUGCCCCUCUGCUCUUGCCUGGUCGACAUGCAUUGAAUGCAGCAUUGCUGGUUGGCAGCAUUGGUGGGAUGGUUCCCUACAUGAUUGAUCCUUCUUACACCACGGGAAUUACUUGCCUGGGUUCUGUGUCAGCACUCUCAGCCAUCAUGGGUGUCACUUUAACAGCAGCUAUUGGAGGUGCUGACAUGCCUGUAGUUAUUACUGUCCUGAACAGUUACUCUGGAUGGGCUUUGUGUGCUGAGGGCUUUCUCCUGAACAACAACUUGCUGACCAUUGUUGGUGCACUCAUUGGCUCCUCUGGGGCCAUCCUCUCUUACAUCAUGUGUGUGGCUAUGAACCGUUCCCUUGCAAAUGUGAUUCUUGGGGGCUAUGGUACUGCAUCAACAGCUGGUGGAAAACCCAUGGAAAUUACUGGAACUCACACAGAAAUCAAUGUGGACAAUGCAGUUGAAAUGAUAAAAGAAGCCAAUACUAUUAUUAUUACUCCAGGUUAUGGCUUGUGUGCAGCAAAAGCUCAGUACCCAAUAGCUGAUCUGGUGAAGAUGUUGAGAGAACAAGGGAAAAAUGUCAGGUUUGGUAUUCACCCUGUGGCUGGCCGUAUGCCUGGUCAGCUGAACGUACUGCUAGCAGAAGCUGGCGUUCCCUAUGAUAUUGUACUGGAAAUGGAUGAAAUCAAUGAAGACUUCCCAGAAACUGACUUGGUCCUUGUAAUUGGUGCAAAUGAUACAGUUAAUUCAGCAGCUCAGGAAGAUCCGAACUCUGUCAUAGCUGGAAUGCCAGUUCUUGAGGUCUGGAAGUCCAAGCAGGUCAUUGUAAUGAAGAGAUCUCUGGGAGUUGGUUAUGCAGCGGUGGACAAUCCCAUCUUCUACAAGCCCAAUACUGCCAUGUUGUUGGGAGAUGCUAAAAAGACCUGUGAUGCCCUGCAGGCCAAAGUCAGGGAAUCGUACCAAAGCUAAAUACUGAUUUGUAUUCUGCUCAUA